AUGAAGCACACAUCUGAAUGUUUGGAAGGUGAGUUGCUGUUGAAAUAUUAGUUUGGGGACUUUACUCUUCAUGGCUGCUUGAACACAUGUGUUUAUUUAUCAGAAGAUGAAUUUAUUGGGGGAAAAUACGAUUGAUUCUAAAAUCAGAGGAGUGUGUUGAGUUACAAUCUUCUUCCACGGCUGGAUCCUGCCUAAGUGAUAAAAUGAGAGAUUCUCCUGAAUAAACAUUUUAACAUUCUCAUUUGAGCACAACAAAACUGGCUCCUGUAUGAUGCAGUUGUAUCUGGGAAACUAUGUCACCACCCUCCCAUGUAUUCACUGGAAUUAAAUAUGCUAAAUCAAUAAAAACAAAGUUGGCUGAAAUUUUAAAAAAACAACAACAAUAAAGAGAUUUCCAAAGUAUGUCAAAGGUGAUGGUGUACAGGCAUUCCUGUUUAGUUUUGAACAGACCUGUAAAGAUUUAAAUAUUACUGAGGAAAACUGGAUGCUGUACAUACGCCCACAGAUAUUUGGAAUUUUGAGUGAAAUAUUAAUUUGUGAUUUUUGAGAGAAGAUGAAACCUCACAUUUAAAGAAAGAGUGAAGGUGCUUGGUGUUCUGUGAGGUGGGUGCACAUAUAUAUUUAAGUGAGGGCGGGCCCAACGGCACCAGGGGGGAAAGUGCCGUUGUGCCGUCACAACAGCUGAACCUCAUAACUGAGGACAGUUGCACGAAAACUGUUUCAUAUGUUAAUGGAAGUACUUAUGUUCUGCCCUUUCAAUAAUACCCUCCACCAGUUGCUGAAAAACCAACAUUCUUGCAAAGUCCUGCUGGCUUUGAGGUUGGGGUGCUUGCUUGUUCUUUUGACAUCCACUUGCCAGUAGGAACAAGGGAACUAUGGGGCUUGUCACAGAAAGAGCUACAAUCUAUGGAGUACAAAUCUUAGAACUUCCAGUGCUCUCAAUCUCAGUCUCCCUUCUUUUAACAGGAGUGGCAGAAUGUGGAGUAGGUUCUGGUGGUAAACCUCUGAGGAAACUGAAGAAAUUUGACAAGGAGCACUCAGUUGUUUUAGCAGCAAUAUAAAGACUCACCAUCCACCACAUGCUACUGAAAUGAAGUUGAGAGAUAGGGAGUGUAACCAGAAUGGGUAACCAGAAGUAGCUUUUUGAGUCAGCUCAUUUAAGUUAUGGUAUUCAAAAUGAAUUACUGGGCUCCAAAUUCUUUUAUUCUAAAUGUGCCUCUUUUGCACGUAACUCCACCUGAGUCUAUCUUGAGGUUGUAAUGAAAACAAAAUAGAUCAGGCGUCAGCAUACUUUUUCAGCAGGGGUCUGGUUCACUGUCCCUCAGACCUUGGGGGACGGAUGGACUAUAUUUUGAAGGGGGGGGGAUGAACGAAUUCCUAUGCCCCAGAAAUAACCCAGAGAUGCAUUUUAAAUAAAAGGACACAUUCUUCUCAUGUAAAAACACACUGAUUCCAUUUAGAAGACGAUUGGGCUGGAUCCGGCCCCUGGGCCUUAGUUUGUCUACCCAUGAAAUAGAUCUUGCAAGCCUGCAGGCUUCCUAUACCUGUUCUAGAGAGCCUACACCAACAGCCUAAUGUUCAACGUGUUCCCUGUUGUUGUACCAGACCUGCUCAGUGAUUCCAACAAGUUUCGCAACAUAUUACAGGACUGGGACACCCCGAAAGAAUACAACUUUUGUAAACAUCCUCAUCCGAGGCUAGUUCCUGCUUUGCUUGUUUAGAAUCUGUAAACAUUUCCCUCUUUCCUUGACCUCCCUAGUCCUUCAGCCGAAGGGGUGGGGGAACCUUUCCUGGCUAGUGAUCCAGAUUCUUAUCUUUCCACCUCUGCUGAACCAAGUUUUACAGGUGGGUGGGACUGUCCUAUCAGUCACCUGAUGUCACUAUGAUGUGAGGUGAUACGGGGUUUUGAAGCCCCACUUGUUGACCCUCCAGGACCAGGGUGAGUUGCCACCACUCAUCAGCUGUAGGCAGGGGAGAAACUAUGCUUUAUUUAAUCUGGGUCAAAAACACACUCCCAUGCACAUUUGCGUACACACACACAGGCUGGGAGCCCCAAUGGUAAUCCUCUCUAGAAGCUUCACCUGGGGCAAAAAACCUGGCUACCCCUCCUGCCACUGCCACUAUGGCUCUGCUAUAAGAACUCACUUUAAGCUCCUAGUCGAAUGCCUUGGCCUCAACACCUAGUUGAAAAAAGGCUUCAUACUCAGUCAAGGUGAAAAGUAAUUAGUAAGAAUGUGAUUAUUUCAUGCCAAUUAUAUACACACCCUCCUUUCAUUAAGCCUUAUACGUAAUGAUAUAUAUGAGGAAAUGCCUAAUUGCAAUCAUGUCAAUUACAGCACGGCGCACAAGCUACUUGUGCUGUAGUCUGCUGUUCUUUGACCAAUGGAUGAAUUCCUCUUAAACUGAAGUGCUACUUAUUAAUUUAAUUCAUCUCUCAACCUUUUCUUUGAGAAGCUCAUGGUGGUGUACAUGGUUCUCCCCCUUUCUCAUUUAAUACCCUCAACAACCCUGUGAGGGAGGCUAGGGUGAGAGGCAGUGAUUGGCCCAAGGUUACCCAGUGAGUUUCAUGGCCGAGUGGGGAACAGAACCCUGGCUCCAGGUCCUAGCCUGAUAUGCUAGCCAGAGGUUUGGAAGGGAUACCAAAUUUGGGGGUUCAUAGUUCAUAACCCUCUACCCACUCAUUUGAGAGAAAGCCUCACUAAAACGCUGUGAAGUCACCUGUGCAGAGAUAGGCAAUAAUUUUAAACCACACAAUCUUACCUGUCUCCAGUUGUAGCUCAAGUAGGUGGAACUGUCUGUGACCUGGCAGAUCCUUGCUGCGAUAUCUUUGUUCCUGCCUGCUGCUGUCAGUCAUCCACCCAUGUCCAAACAAAUCUAAGGCGUUUAUAUAAACCCAAGAAACCGAAGUAGGAAAAUGAAUCUGCAUUAACAGGCUGUUAAAUAUAUUCAGAAGCCAGGGCAAUAGCUAAUUUAAAUUUGACCCCGCAAUAAAGUCUUGGAAUGCCUCGUCUUCUGUGCUCUGCAUCUUGAAGAUAUUCAAGCAGGAACAUGAGAAUCCAAAUAAGUUCUGAUGAGAGCUACAGUAUACACAAGACAGUGACGAAGCUCCAUUCACAGCUGAUAUAAUAUUUUUGUUCCAGAUUCUUGGGAGGGAGGGAGGGUGCCCUGCCAAAGGCAAGGGGGCUCUUUCUCUGGGAUUCAGAAGCAAGACAAGGCACAAUUGGGGAAGAAAGCCUUAAGAUUUAUUAAAAAGCAGGCAGAUUAUACAUAAGAGUAUACUACACCAAGUAAGCAACACCUCCGUUCAGUUGCUGGGAGCUCCACAGGGACAGCAACAGAGAGGACCCUAUUGGUAGUCACCAAAUGACACAGCAUGGCAGGUCUGCACUGAUGCUCUCCCUGUGUCUGAAUCACAGGGGCCUUCCUAAAUUGGGCUGCAUGAUUGGUGCGGCAGCUGCCAAUAAUAAGCCUAAUGCUGCUUCAAGGGAUCCUCCCCCAAUCACAGCUGUUCUCUCUUACAGGUAUUUAGGCUGUGAUCCUCCUAAGAUGGUAUAGCUGUACGCUAUCUCUUCUAAAUGUUUAAGCUGGGAAGCAGACAAGUAACACAUUUUAGCAAAAUACUGUAAGGCUGUUUCUAGCCAAAAUAAGGAUAACUGCUGCCUAGGAGAGUGAAGGUCACUGGCAUGAAGGAGCAAUUGUGACAGGCCACUACACCACAUCGAUGUACAAUAUAUCUUCUGGUGCAUUUCCCAUACAGGGUGUAGCUACUUCUUUUACUUCUUGACACGCCCCCCCCCCCAUCUAGGCUUCUCUUCAUGCCCACAGACAGCAUGGUAAAAUCAUGGUCUUAACACCAUCUGCUCUGGAAAAGCAAAAAAGUACAAGAUGCAAGGAACAAGCCCUCAUGAUUUUACAUGCAGGUAUCACAGUUCCACCGUACAACAGGCCACAUCCAUGCCACAUAAAUCCACAGUGGUGCUGCAAAGUUCUGGAUCCAUCGGUUUCACAGCACAGUCACGGAGUGUAAACUGAGACUAAAUCACAAAUUUCUGUUGAACUCUAAAAGCCUUUAAAAUUUUUGUUUAGUAAGGUUUAGAUAGCACUAAGAACAACUAGGUUGUUUAGGUAAAAUAGUACAAAAUAUUAAUUAAAAUAGUGACAAAACAGCCUUUAAAAUUUCAUAAUACAAUUUUCAAAAUUUAAAUAAAAGCAAGUUUUAAAAAACAAAUAUGCAUGAUAAAAUUACAUGUCUGUGUAGUCUUUCAUAAACAGAAAAGCUUAUAGCAGGCAUGGAAAACAAUAUAAUUAUGGUGCUUGCCUAGUAAUUAUAUUAUUGCCUACUAUUGCCUAACUUGGCUCAUAAUUUUGUUAUGUUUUGAUUGGUCCUAGUAAACUGUCAUUAGGUUGUUAAAAAUUCUUUGUGUCACUCCCAAGGAUACUUAAGAAAUGCCUUUUUAUAGGCCCCAAAGGUGGUCCUUUCACACCACAGAGGACAAAUGGUAGCUUCCAGCAAAUGAAUCGCCCUAGGUGAGUCUCCUCCCUCUGCAGUUUUCCUUUCCUCACAGCAAGGAGGCAGGGAAUGGGAACAGUUCACCUGGUGACUGACUGGACACGUCAUAUGUAAAUAAGUACGCUCUCUCUCCCUAGUUUCCACCAUAAGGAAUCCUGCAUAGCAACCGUGUAACACCGGACUCAGGUUUCACAGCUUCAGAGCUAGGUAUGUGAUAGGCAAGCCGAAAAGGGCAGUGGAAACUACAACUCCCAGCAUGCCCUGUUGUCAUUAAACUGACGGUGCUUUUACAAAUCCCUAAGCAUAGAGAUAAACGCUCAGAGCAACAGCCAGUAGUUUCCCUAUUUGGAAAUUUCUAUUUUACUCCGUGAGAUGACUAAAACAGAAGAGUGUCUGUCUGCAGAAGUAAUGCUGCACAGCUUCCGCACAGGACCACCGAAUAACCGAGCGUUUGCUUGGGAUCAAGUGUUCACACGUGCCAGUCCUGGUGUUAUACACGAAUAUUUCCAGCAGAGAUGCGUCUCCCGAUUCUUUUUUCCUCUGAAAUGUGAGAAAUGAUCUUCUUACCGCGGCUCAGGUCCAGAGGCUGAAAUGCGCUUCCCAUACAUACAUUUUUUUUUCAUACAACGUAAAGACCUGUGCACAAACCCCUGCCAUUGCUCUAAACACUUUGCCACCAAAUCUCAGCCUGACAUUUUAUUUUGUUUUAAAUCUUGCCACAGGCUUUUGCCGGGCGUGGGAGGAAGAGAUAUCUGUAUUAGACUAAUGACUAAUGAGGUUCGCGUCAGAAGUAGCCCAGAAGUCCUUUCUACAAAACGGGAACGGACUGCUCUUACAUUAGUGGUUUAUGUUUCAUUUUGA